AUGACUAUUACUUAUCAAUUCAACGUGGCUACAUCAAGUUUCUUAGGAUUUGCUAAACUUUUAGUUAAAUGGAGAGGAAGUGUUUAUAAAUUAAUUUACAAAGAAUUAUUAGUGUACGCUACUGCUUACGCUGCAAUUAGUAUAACUUACAGAAACUUCAUGUCUGAAUCCCAAAGAAGUCUCAUUCCAUUAUCUUUCGUCUUGGGGUUUUACGUAACUUUUGUCGUCACAAGAUGGUGGAAUCAAUUUACAACAAUUCCGUGGCCUGAUAGAAUUCUUCAUACAAUCGUGGUUUAUAUUAGUGGUUCCGACGAAAGAGGAAGAUUGUUGAGAAGAACUUUAAUGAGAUAUGUCAAUUUGAGUUUUGUGCUCGUCUUCCAAGCUAUAAGUGGAGCGGUCAAGAAACGAUUUCCAACUGUCAAACAUUUAGUUGAAGCUGGAUUCAUGACUACAGAAGAAAGAGAACUUUUCGAAAGUGUCCCCACGAAAGUGAAUAAACAUUGGGUACCAAUUAUCUGGUUUAUAAAUCUUUUAAGUUUAACUUGUAAAGAAGGACGAGUUCAUGAAGGAGCACCACUCAAACAUAUUUUAGAGGAAAUUAAUGAAUUUCGAUCGAAAACUAGUCUUUUAUGGUGUUAUGAUUGGGUAACAGUACCUUUAGUAUAUACACAGGUAGUUACGUUAACAACACAUUUAUUUUUUCUUACCUGUUUGAUUGGACGACAAUACUUAGAUCCUGCUCAACGUUCUCCUGGACAAGAUAUUGAUCUAUAUUUUCCAUUCUUCACCUUUCUACAAUUUUUCUUUUUUAUGGGAUGGUUAAAAGUGGCCGAACAACUAAUUAAUCCCUUUGGUGAAGAUGAUGACGAUUUCGAAACAAAUUGGCUCAUCGAUCGCCAUAUUCAGGUAUCAUAUUUAGCUGUAGAUGAACUUUAUGCUAAAUUACCCCGAAUCGAAAAAGAUAUAUAUUGGGAUCAUCAAGAACCUGAAUUACCCUACACAGAAGCAGCACUUGUUCAUAAAAUACCAACUUAUAGAGGAUCUACAAUGCAUAUGGUAAUACCGCGGGAAGAACAAAUAAUGGUUUUCGGAGACGAACAUAAACAUUUUUCGAGUUCAACUACAUUAACUUCUGCUUUAGCAAGAUGCUGCAUUCGUAACAUAUGGAGUAGAUCAUCUGGAAGAGAAACGCCUGAUGAAAGAGAUUUAACUCGUGGUUUAAAUCCAAAUAAAUUAAUUGCACAUCGGAAUAUAAAAGAAAUCAAACAUUCAGCAAAAACUCUAGGAUCAAAUACAUCUUUGUUUGAAGAAACAUAUUUAAGGAUCUUAAACAGAGGUGUUGGGAAGGAUUCUAGUUUUAACAAGUACUCAAUGGACACAAUUUAUAAUAUAUCUGGAACUGAUGCAGCCACAAUAGCUGCACCUGCAGGCGUACUUUUAACUCGAAGACAGAUGCCUUGUCAAGAUACAAGACCACCUCUUGCGAGAUUGCCGGAAGUUUCUCAAGAAAGUUUACCAAGCGAUAUCGACAGUAUAUCUUUUACAGUAUAUUCAUCGACUAAUUCUCCAUCCAUUUUAAAUACUCAAAUAAAUAACAAAGUACACGUUUACUGCGAUUCAGAUUCAGAUUAG